UCGUUCAGCCCAGAAACACGUUGAGCUAAGUUGUCAAUCAAACUGGCAGCAGCCGCUCGACAGUCAAAGCCAAGUUGUUUAUCAUAAAUUCAGGUAACAAGUUUCAUCAGUAUGGACCGGGCCAUUUUGGCUCGUUGUUCUGUGUGAUUUCAGGCCGCGGGAGAAUAUGCUGGUUCUUAAUCUGCCGGAUCUCAGUCAGGAAGGAAACACUUACGCUGCAAACCUGCAGACCUGAGCUAACCCAUUUUUUUUAUUUAACUGCUUCACGACUCUUUUGCACUGCGUUUUUGGAAAUGAGAACGACGUUAGUCCUGCUGCACGCCAUCUCAUGCACCUGGUUGGUCAGUGCCACACUUUCAAAAACUGAUGCAAAGAAGUCGCAUAAAGCUGAGGCUGAGACAUCUCCAGCUGAGUUAUCAGUGUUGGAGAGAGGCCUUGUUGUGUCAGACCCGCACUGGAAAGACAUAGUGAAAGAGGAAAAGAGACAUUGUGCUCAUAUCAAGAAAACAUUUCAAGGACCAGUGCUGGGAUAUGUUACACCUUGGAAUUCCCACGGCUAUGAUGUUUGCAAAAUGUUUGGCUCCAAACUGACCUCAGUGUCUCCAGUGUGGCUUCAGCUCCGCCGACGAGGACCUGAAACCUUUGAUGUUACGGGUCUCCACGACCAUGACCCAGGAUGGGUCAAAGCUGUUCGCAAGUCUAACAAAAAAGUCAGGAUGGUGCCUCGGCUGUUAUUUGAUGGCUGGUCUUACCAGGACUACAUGAGCGUUCUGGGGAGCGAAGAUGAGAUAGAAGAGCUUGCAAGUGAGCUGGUGGAUGUCGCAAAGACCGAAGGUUUUGAUGGCUUCACCUUGGAGCUGUGGAGCCAGCUGGGCGGUAACAAAAGAAAGGAGCUGGUGCAUUUGGUGAAACACAUAUGUGAGACUUUGAAGGCUAAAAGAUUAGACUGCAUUCUUGUCAUUCCACCUGCUGUAACAAGCACGGGGCAGCAGGGUAUGUUUGGCAGGGAGGAGUUUGAACAGUUGGCUCCGGUAGUUGAUGGAUUCAGCCUCAUGACAUAUGACUACUCCAGCGGUGCCAGACCAGGCCCGAGCUCUCCCCUGCCCUGGGUAAGAGACUGUGUUCUCCAACUUGCACCCAACACUCAGUGGAGGCAAAAGAUCCUGCUGGGACUCAAUUUGUAUGGCCUUGAUUUUGGAAGCCAGGGAACAGAGCCAGUCCUAGGAGGAAGGUACAUUGAGAUUUUGCGAGAACACAGGCCCAAACUUCUCUGGGAUGAAUAUUCUGCAGAACAUUAUUUCAGUUAUAAGAGGAACAAUGCAGCUAAACAUGUGGUGUACUAUCCAUCAUUGAAGUCAAUGUACAUGAGAAUCUCUUUAGCCACUGAACUUGGAACAGGAAUUUCAUUAUGGGAACUGGGACAAGGACUGGAUUACUUCUACGAUCUCCUAUGAGAGUUGGACUUGUUCGUGAAGACGGGAUCAUCAGCAUCAACAUGAACUUUUUUUUUUUCUGGUGCACCAAACAUGCAGGUGCUGAAUGCACGUAUCAUUUUUCUUUUUCUCUCUGAGAAACUGAAAUGAACUCUGAAAUUAGCCAUUGACUGGGUUUAGUUAAUACUCAACCUGUUUGAGGGUCUUGAAAGUGUAAGAGAAAUCUUAUCGACAUGAAUGAAACUGGGAUUUGUUGAUUUAGAAGCUACAAG